AUAAUGCAAGUAUAAUUGACAUUAAUUUGAAAUUGUGAAAUUUCUUUCUUUCUAUGGUUUCGCCCAGAAUACAUCCUGUCAAUUUAUUGAUUAUUUUUUUUCAUAUAAAAAAAAUUUGAUAAAUUUGUUGUUAUCAAUUUGUUUCAUAUACAUAACUUUAUUCAAAUAAUUCGUUUUUAAAACAAAAUGGAUUAUGAUGCUGAAAAAUAUGAUUCAGGUGCUGCCGAUGCACAACAACCAGCAAGAAAAUUAAUUCAUUUGAUUCAGGAUUAUGUUCGUGAAAAAUAUGGUAAAGAACAAACAACAUUCGAUUCGUUGAUAAUUGUUGAUCUUGGCUGUGGUCCAGGUAAUACGGCCGAAAUGUUAGCCAAUCAAUUUCCCGGUGCUAAAAUUGUUGGUCUUGAUAUUGAUCCUGAAAUGAUUGAUUUUGCUCGAACAAAACAUCCAGAACAUAAAUUUUUUGUUCAAAAUAUUGAACAACCGUGGUCAGAAUGGCCAGAAGAUUUUCGAUCAACAUACGAAAAUAAAGUGGAUAUUAUUUUUGCCAAUUAUGCAUUACAUUGGAUAGAUAAUACUAAUUCAUUUGCCGAUACAAUUCGACAAUUAUUACGACCAACCGGAAUGUUUACAGGAAAUCUUUUAUAUUGUGGUUGGCUUCAAUCCGAAGAUAAUAGCGAUGAUAAACGAGAUGAAAUAUUGUUAAAUGAAUCACUUGAUUAUCCAAGAGAAAUGGAAUUUGUUUCAAAAUUUUUCUGGUCAUUACGAACAAAUGGAAAUUUUCAUUGGAUCAAUAUGGAAUAUCAGGAACCAGUUUCACGAUUUGGUCGACAAUUCUACACCGAUUCAUUUAUCGAAAUUCCAUUGAAAUGGUAUCGAAAAUUUUUAAAAAGAUCUAUGAACGAUCAAGAGAUUGGUCGCCUUAAUGAAACACUAAAACGUUUGAUAUUGAAACAACGAAUCUGUAAAGUGAUUCCAGCCAAUAAGGAUGAUCCAUCAUCCGUUGAACAGAUCGAUCUUCGACAACAGCUUUAUAUUUUUAAAGCAAUUAAAAAUUAAGUGAAAUUUUUUCAAAUUUUACAAGAAAU